AUGUGGAAGUAUAAAAAUAGUGUCCUUGACAAUUUAUACUUAAUGACAGAUUGGGACAAUGAUGUGGAGAGUGAAGGGCAUCAGAGAUAUCACGAAGGACAUAUUCAAACUGAGACAACUGCCCUUUGUAAGUCAGCUGUUUCUGAAAAACAGUGUGAUUCUGCAAGAAAAAGCUGCUAUCAAAUACUCAAACAUACAUGCUUGUGGAAAGAAAAUUUGGAAGAUCGGGAAAGUUAUCUAGCCCAUGCUGAAAAUAAUGAUUUGAACCAUUUUGAAGAUAGGAUUGGAUUGACCUAUCAGUCAAAUAUUUCUGAUAAUCAGAGAUUUAGAAAUGAAGAACAGCGUGCUAAGCGGGAUCCAUUUGAGAGGUGCCGCAAUGUGGAGUUGACCCUACAGAAUUACCAGAGCCUUUUCAAUGGAGACAGAAUUAGUCAACGCAGUGAAUCUGAGAAAACAUUUAACCAGGGCUCCAGGGUUAAUAGACAUGUGACGACUCCAUUUCCAAAGAACCAUAGUGAAUGUCAUAAAUGUGGGGAAGUCUUUUAUCAGAGCUCUGACCUUACUAUACAUAAGACUAUCCAUUUGGCAGAGAAUCCUUAUGAACAUAAUCAGUGUGGGAAACUUAACCAGUCCACCAAUAUUGGUGAUCAUCAGAGAAUUCAUGAGGGAAACAAUGUAUUCAGGUGUAAUAAACCAGGGAACAUGUUUAGUCAAUCAUCAAAACUAAAUGUAAAUAAUACAAUCUCUACUGGAGAGAAAAAGUACAUUUUUAACGAAUGUGGUAAAGCCUUUGACUUGCACUCAACACUAUCUCAACAUCAGCAAAUUGGAGAGAAAACAUAUAAAUGUGAAGAAGGUGGUAAAAGCUUUAAGGACUGCUCAUCACUAAAUAGACACAGGCAAAUCCAUACUGGGGAGAAACUUUACAUAUGUAAAGAAUGUGGCAAGGCCUUUAAGAGGCUACAGCACCUUAGUCAACAUCACAGAAUUCAUACUGGAGAGAAACCUUACCAAUGUAACGAAUGCGGCAAGGCCUUUAACCAUCAGUCAAACCUUAUUAAACAUCACAGAAUUCAUACUGGAGAGAAACCUUACCAAUGUAACGAAUGUGGCAAAGCCUUUAGAUUUCGCUCAGUCCUUACGGAACAUCACAGAAUUCAUACUGGAGAGAAACCUUACAAAUGUAAAGAAUGUGGCAAGUCCUUUAACAGUCAGUCAAACCUUAUUCAACAUUAUAAAGUUCAUACUGGAGAGAAACCUUACAAAUGUAAAGAAUGUGGCAAGGCCUUUAACCACCACUCAACACUUAAUGAACAUCACAGAAUUCAUACUGGAGUGAAGCCUUACAAAUGUAAAGAAUGUGGCAAAGCCUUUAAAUUUCACUCAAACCUUACUAAACAUCACAGAAUUCAUAGUGCAGACAAACCUUACCAAUGUAAGGAAUGUGGCAAAGUCUUUAAAUUACGCUCAACCCUUAAUGGACAUCACAGAAUUCAUAGUGCAGAGAAACCUUACAAAUGUAAAGAAUGUGGCAAUGCCUUUAAGAGGCAAUCAGCCCUUAAUCGACAUCACAGAAUUCAUACUGGACAGAAACCGUAAAAAUGUGAGGAAUGUGGUAAAACCUUUAAGGACUGCUCAUCACUAAAUGAACAUAGGCAAAUGCAUACUGGAGAGAAACUCUACAAAUGUAAACAGUGUGGCAAAGCCUUUAAUGGGCACUCAAACCUUACUCGGCAUCACAGAGUCCAUACUGGUGAGAGACUCUACAGAUGUAAAGAAUGUGGCAAAGCCUUUACAUUGCACUCAGUACUUACUCGACAUCACAGAAUUCAUACUGGAGAGAGACCUUACCAAUGUAAGGAAUGUGGCAAGGCCUUUAACAGACAAUCAACCCUUAGUCAACAUUACAAAAUUCAUACUGGACAGAAACCGUAAAAAUGUGAGGAAUGUGGUAAAGCCUUUAAAUUACACUCAACCCUUGCUCGACAUAGGCAAAUCCAUACUGGAGAGAAACUUUACAAAUGUCAAGAAUGUGGCAAGGCCUUUAAGUGGCCCUCGAAACUUAUUCGACAUCACAGAAUUCAUACUGGAGAGAAACCUUACAAAUGUCAAGAUUGUGGAAAGGCCUUUAACCGGCACUCACACCUCACUAAACAUCACAGAUUUCAUACUGGACAGAAACCUUACAAAUGUAAAGAAUGUGCCAAAGCCUUUAAAUCAUGCUCAACCCUGACUGAACAUCACCGAAUGCAUACUGGUGAGAAACCUUAUCGAUGUAAAGAAUGUGGAAAGACCUUUAACAGGCUCUCAACCCUUACUCAACAUCACAGAAUUCAUACAGGAGAGAAACCUUACAAAUGUCAAGAAUGUGGCAAGGCCUUUAAGUGGCCCUCAAACCUUACUGAACAUCACAGAAUUCAUAGUGGAGAGAAACCUUACAAAUGUCAGGAGUGUGGAAAGGCCUUUAACCGGCACUCACAUCUCACUCGACAUCACAGACUUCAUACUGGAGAGAAACCUUACAAAUGUAAGGAAUGUUCCAAAGCCUUUAAAUCAUGCUCAACCCUGACCGAACAUCUCCGAAUACAUACUGGAGAGAAACUUUACAAAUGUCAAGAAUGUGGAAAGCCCUUUAACAGACUCUCAACCCUUACUCAGCAUCACAGAAUUCAUACAGGAGAGAGACCUUACAAAUGUCAGGAAUGUGGCAAGGCCUUUAAGUGGCCCUCAAAACUUACUCGACAUCACAGAAUUCAUACUGGAGAAAAACCUUACAAAUGUCAAGAAUGUGGUAAGGCCUUUAUGUGGCCCUCAAACCUUACUGGACAUCAGAGAAUUCAUACUGGAGAGAAACCUUACAAAUGUCAAGAAUGUGGCAAGGCCUUUAAGUGGCCCUCAAAACUUACUCAACAUCACAAAAUUCAUACUGGAGAGAAACCUUACAAAUGUCAGGAAUGUGGCAACGCCUUUAACAAGCCCUCAGACCUCACUCAACAUCACAGAAUUCAUACUGGAGAGAAACCUUACCAAUGUCAGGAAUGUGGCAAGACCUUUAACUGGCCCUUGGACCUUACUGAACAUCACAGAUUUCAUACUGGAGAGAAACCUUACAAAUGUCCAGAAUGUGGCAAGCCCUUUUACAGGCACUCAAUCCUUAUUAAACAUCACAGAAUUCAUACUGGAGAGAAACCCUACAAAUGUAAAGAAUGUGGCAAGGCCUUUAACCAGAACUCAAUGCUUACUCAACAUCACAGAAUUCAUACUGGAGAGAAACCCUACAUGUGUAAAGAUUGUAGCUCAGUUUUUAUAUUGCACGCAACUCUUACUGGAUGUCACAGAAUUCAUCCUGGAGAGAAACCUUACAGAUGUAAAGAAUGUGAGAAAAUGUUUAAGGACUGCUCACUUCCGGGUGCCUGA